UGGAAUGUUUUUUUCUUGUUUGCUUUGGAGCUGUCAAACUGACAUAUGCUUUUCAUCAACAUUCUGCAUUGACAAAAUACGAACAACAACGAAAAAUUACAUAAGUUUUUAAAGAACCAUUAUUGGCGAUGUUACGCUCGGUCAGCACAAAGGUAACGCCCGUGCUACUUGGCGCGGUGGCCGUGAACGUCAGCACCGGUGCAGACAAACCGAAACCAAAGGAAGAACCAAACAAAAUGGUUUGCAAACCUUCCGAACUACCACUUUAUCGACCGCUCAACCAAAAGAUUGAUUGCGAAUGUCAGCAUCGUAAAACCGCACCAACGGGACCAGCGCCCAUGCUAGAAGAAGGAUUCCGCACUAUCCGUUUACAGGUGCAGGAAGCAUCGAAGCUAGUGGAGGAUCAAAAGAAGCAAAUCGUUGAUCUGUACGAACAAGGAAAGAAGCAAACGAAGUUUGUACACGAUUAUCUGCAUCAGGAAGACAACACAAUGCCACGUGUAGGAGCAAUCGCGAUCGGUGGCUUGGCAGGUCUUAUAUUCGGUCUGCGCGGAGGCUUCUUCAAGCGUGUGAUCUAUACAUCGAUCGGUGCCGGUGGUGUUGCUUCCAUCUGUUACCCACAGGAAGCGGAAAUGUACGCGCAGCACGGUUUGGUUGAAGCGAAAAAGUAUGCCACGAUCGGGUACAACUUUGUGUACGGCGUAAAGCCGGGCGACAAGCAACUGGAAUUGCCAACCAUCCCGUCCAAUUUGGGUGAACUAAAAGACAGUGUAUCGGGGCUGGCAAAAUCCGCUUACGAGGCAGUAUUCCCAGAGAAGAAAUGAAUCCGUUAGUGGACUACGCGUGACUGUUUCCCUUCCCUUGUGAUUCGUGAUAUCGGUUGGUGUAGAAAAUUGAUACCGUGUCGUGCAUGUUACUGGUGAAAAUAAAUCACUAAGAUCUAGGA